GCAUUCACCAAGGACUGGGAUGAAAUUACAAUACGUACCAAUGAUGCCAAUUACCAAAGAACAAUUGGACAACGGGUUCAGCCGUCAUUCAUCGAUGUGAAACAACUGAAUCGACUUUAUUGUAACGAUAUCUGUCCACCACUGGCAUGUCAGAAUGGUGGCUACGCUAAUCCGAACAACUGUACGAAAUGCAAAUGUCCGAGAGGUUUAGCUGGUCGAACAUGCGAAGGAAUACCACAAGUCGGAUGUGGUGGAGAACUGUUAGCAACACCGCUAUGGCAAGAAUUAAGUCAUCGCGGUAAGAAAAAGUGCUACUGGAGAAUCCGGGCGACAAACGCUCGUAUUCGAUUUAUUCUGAGCGAUGUAAGCUACCGAUGUGAGACAACUUGUAAAGCAUACGUUGAGAUCAAACACAACUCAGACUUUCAACAAACUGGUUUUCGAACCUGUUGCAACGGACCAGAAAUUCAAGUGUUAUCAGAACAGGCAGAGGUGCUGAUUAUAUCUGAUUCAACGGAGUUGAACUACGAGACAGCGUUUCAUUUAUGGUAUAUUCAAGAUUCCGGUCAGCCGCUACCCAAACCACCACCGCCAACUUGGGUUCCUGGCAGUGAGAAUCGCAGUUUCCGUGGCUCAGGCUCCAGUAGCGGACCUAUUGAAAAGUUCAUUCUCAAUGUCAUACCUAAAGUUCGGUAA